AUGAAUCGCAAGUUCCAGCUCCAGACUGCUGCUCUCACUGUCUUUGAAGUAGCCGUCAAGGCAAGUAGUGCAAUCAGCGAAAGCAAUAGAAGUACAGGCCUUGCAAUUUGUAGAGCAUCUCUCGCAGGUAUUACUGUCACUGUUUCUGAAGUAGCCAUCGGUGCAUGUAUCGCAAGUUCCAGCUCCAGAGUAUCCAGCAGCGCAACCAUUGCAGCUGCUGCUCUCACUGUCUUUGAAGUAGCCGUCAACACAAGUAGUACAAUCAGCGAAAGCACUAGAAGUACAGGCCUUGCAAUUUGUAGAACAUGCCUCGCAGGUGUUGCUUCCAGAGGGUCUGAAGUAGCCAUCGGUGCAUGUGUUGCAAGUUCCAGCUCCAGAGUAUCCAGUAGCGCAAGCCUCGCAGCUGCUGCUCUCACUGUCUUUGAAGUAGCCGUCAACACAAGUAGUACAAUCAGCGAAAGCACUAGAAGUACAGGCCUUGCAAUUUGUAGAACAUGCCUCGCAGGUGUUGCUUCCAGAGGGUCUGAAGUAGCCAUCGGUGCAUGUGUUGCAAGUUCCAGCUCCAGAGUAUCCAGUAGCGCAAGCCUCGCAGGUAUUGCUGUUACUGUUUCUGAAGUAGCCAUCGGUGCAUGUGUCGCAAGUUCCAGCUCCAGAGUAUCCAGUAGCGCAAGCCUCGCAGGUAUCUCCACUGAAUCCAGUUCUGCAGCUACCGCAGUGAGUUGCAUCGGUGCAGGUAUUGCUGUCACUGUUUCUGAAGUAGCCAUCGGUGCAUGUGUCGCAAGUUCCAGCUCCAGAGUAUCCAGUAGCGCAAGCCUCGCAGGUAUCUCCACUGAAUCCAGUUCUGCAGCUACCGCAGUGAGUUGCAUCGGUGCAGGUAUUGCUGUUACUGUUUCUGAAGUAGCCAUCGGUGCAUGUGUCGCAAGUUCCAGCUCCAGAGUAUCCAGUAGCGCAAGCCUCGCAGCUGCUAGUGCCUUUGAAGUAGCCAUCAAAGCAAGUAGUACAAUCACCGAAAGCACUAGAAGUACAGGCCUUGCAAUUUGUAGAACAUGCCUCGCAGGUGUUGCUUCCAGUGGGUUUGAAGUAGCCAUCGGUGCAUGUGUCGCAAGUUCCAGCUCCAGAGUAUCCAGUAGCGCAAGCCUCGCAGGUAGCUCCACUGAAUCCAGUUCGGCAGCUACCGCAGUGAGUUGCAUCGGUGCAGGUCAGGCAAUUUGUUGGGCAUUGCGUGCAGCUUGUAGUGCCUUUGAAGUAGCCGUCAACACAAGUAGUACAAUCAUCGAAGACACUAGAAGUACAGGCCUUGCAAUUUGUAGAACAUGCCUCGCAGGUGUUGCUUCCAGUGUUUCUGAAGUAGCCAUCGGUGCAUGUGUCGCAAGUUCCAGCUCCAGAGUAUCCAGUAGCGCAAGCCUCGCAGGUAGCUCCACUGAAUCCAGUUCGGCAGCUACCGCAGUGAGUUGCAUCGGUGCAGGUCAGGCAAUUUGUUGGGCAUUGCGUGCAGCUGUAGUGCCUUUGAAGUAG